ACUACCAGCAGCAGGCAGUAAACGUUUAGAAAAUUCGAAUCAUUUCAGCAAGAACAGUAGAGGGGCAAAGUCAACUCCUAGAUCUCUGAGCUAGUAACUAACUAUAUUUUCAUUUCGAGACGAUUUUAAAAGGGAUGAAAUGUCAGGAUCACUGUGUAUACAGUGUCAGACACAAACCACUGUGUUUAGUAAGACCUGCAACAGUUGUUUCUUUAACCACCCAAAAGAGAAGAAGUUGUUACAAGCAAUGAAGAAGUAUGAUUACGAAUGGGGACACAAUGAUUGCGCCCACUAUAAUAAUAGCUCUCAGAUAUUGACUUCCACAAAAGUAUUGCUCUACAAAUUACACACUCUAGGAUUUGUUCCCCUUCUCCUGCUUGGAAAAAGGAGACAGGGAACAAAACAUAUCGAUAUGGAUUCCUUUUGCCCUCACCCCCAAGUCAUAAAAGAAACGGGCUCUAUUGAAACAUUGAGAAACAUUUAUUUAGGUCUUCUGAAUGUCACACUCGGCACCGAGUCCCAAUGUCAGUGCUCCCCAGUGUCUCCAGAGCCAGAUGGGACCCCCGCACCAGCCGAGGUAGAGGGAACACCUACAACUGUCGAUCCAGUGGGAACCUCGGCAUCGACAGAGCUACACAGAAUACCCAUCUCCAUCCAAUUGAACGUAAUACCAACAGAAACGGGCAUACCCAACACAAUCAAUCCCGUGGGAACCCCUACAACUAUCAAUCCCGUGGGAACCCCUACAACUAUCAAUCCCGUGGGAACCCCUACAACUAUCAAUCCAGUGGGAUUCCCUGCACCAACCAAUCUAGACGGAAUCCCCAUAUCUUUACAACUGAACCUAAUCCCCACACCAACAGAGCCAGGCAAAUCCUGCACACCAGCCAUUCCAGUGGGAAUCCCUACACCAACCAAUCUAGUGGGAACUCCUACAGCAAUUAAUCCAUCAGGAACCCCUGCACCAACUAUGCCAGACGGAAUUCCCACAUCCAUCAGCCUGAACAAAAUCACCACACUAACUAAGCCAGGUAAACACUCCACAUCAACCAAAACAUUUGGAACCCCUUCACCAAUAAAUUCAGUGGGAACCCCUGCACCAGCCGAGCUAGACGGACUGCCCACACCAACAGACCCAGGCAAACCCUCCACACCAACCAAGCUAGAUGGAAUCCCCACAUACAUCUGCCUGAACGGAAUCCCCACAUCCAUCUGCAUGAACGUAACCCCCACACCAAUGCAGCCCAAAAUCCCCACACCAAUGCAGCCCAAAAUCCCCAGACCAAUACAGCCCAAAAUCCCCAGACCAAUACAGCCCAAAAUCCCCUCACCAAUACAGCCAGGCAAACCCUCCACACAAAACAAUCCAGUGGGAACCCCUACACCAAUGGAUGAAACCUCUGACUCCUCUGAGCCCCAGGACCAAGAAAUGCAAAGGCCAAAAAGAAAAAUGUGGAGAGAUGGAGAUCUAAUCGAAGCUGAAGCUGCAACCACUCAAGCACAAAAGAGAAUAAAAACCACAGAAGAGGUGCUGAACAUGGAUACGGAGAGGCCCACGGUGUCAAGACAUGCAGAGGUAGACACUGAAGUAUUAGAUCAGCUAGAAAAACACAAAGAAGAGUGGCUGAACAUAGAUACGGAGAGGCCCACGGUGUCAAGACAUGCAGAGGUAGACACUGAAGUAUUAGAUCAGCUAGAAAAACACAAAGAAGAGUGUCUGAACAUGGAUACGGAUAGGCCCACGGUGUCAAGACAUGCAGAGGUAGACACUGAAGUAUUAGAUCAACUAGAAAAGAGCAGCAUUGUACAAGCAACCAACAAGCAAACUUUGUGGGCUAUAAACUGCUUCAAAGACUGGCUGGCAGAGAAACAGAUGAUAGUGGAUUUUUCAACCAUUGAGAAAUCUGAAAUGAAUGUGCUCUUGCGAGAUUUUUACUGUUCUGUUCGAAGGGGUAAAGGUGGGGAGUAUUGUAUCCCGAGCUAUAUCGGAAUCCGGGCUGGCGUGAACAGAUUCAUUAACCUCCCUCCCCUUAGCAGAGCCUGGUGCUUGAUGAAGGACAGUGAGUUUACCUCCUCUAAUAAUGUAUUUAUUGGGGUACUAAAGAAAAUCAGACGAGAGGGCAGGGACAAAACUACCCAUCCUAAGGUGAUUAAAGCACAAGACCUUGAGAUUCUUCAAAACUCUCCUGUGCUAAGCCCCUACACACCAAGAGGGCUAGUCAACAAAGUGUGGUUUGAUAUCCAGUUACACUUUGGCCCCAGAGGAAAGGAGGGCAAUAGGCGGCUAACGCCACAGUCGUUUGUAAUAAAGUACGAUGAAAACGGAGCAAAAUAUGCAACGAUGACUUCCAGCGAGGAAAGACAGAAUCAUAAAGAUGCAGAAGAGCAGAACUGGCAGAAUCGCUGUGGAAUCAUGUUUCAGAACCCUGGUAGUGACCUCUGUCCAAUCGCCUCCUUGGAGAAGUAUCUGAGCAAGAUCCCAUCAGAUGCCACCUCCCUCUACCUCCAUCCUAAGAAGUUGGUCCUCACCAGUGAGAGAAUAUGGUAUAGCCAGGAGCCAAUGGGGUUCAAUUACCUUUCAUCAAUGCUGCCCCGACUGUGCCAGGAGGCUGGUACAUUGGAAAAGUACACAAACAACAGCUUACGAUCUUUGCGCGAGAUCAUGUCUGUCAGCACACUGAUAGUUCCUUGAAAAGUUAUUGAAAACCUUCAAUGGACAGAAAGAGAUGUCAAAUAGGCUCACUGAGUCAAGGCAGUGACACACUUCAGUUUUACUUCCUACCAGCGACAUUGUUUUGGUCUUAUACACAAACGGAGAGCUUGCCAAGAUAUACAGUCCUCACCAUAUCUAUAUGGACUAUGUUUUUUGACACUGAGGCUAAGAUUGACAUUUUUUUUUGCUCUAUAUUCCAGCAUUUUGUAUUUAAGAUGAAUGAGGCAACAGUCCAGAAUUUAACUUUUUGAAGAUUUAACUUUAACUUUCAGAUUAUGUUUUAAGGUAUAGAUUUUGUUUUGCGCUGAGACUUCACUUUUCAGAAUUGUAUAGCCUUUUAAGCUUUCUUUUCACCAACAAGUUUUACUCUACUGGAAACUGUUUAACCAUAAUCAUCCAUUUAGGAAAUCUAAAGUUUAGGGGGGGAAUUGCAACAAUCGCAGGAUAAUAGGGUGGAUAGAUUUUUGUAUGUAUGAAAUAUAAUUUUUUUGGGUGACUGGAAGCAAUUUGAUGUGAUACUUCCUAGAUCUGUUUUUACAUGUGUAGACAUUUUUUUCUACCACACUAUGUCUACACCACUUUGUAGACCAUCUGUUGUGGCAAAUGGUCAUACAGCUGUUUUAACAAAUGUAAUUGUACCCUUCACAUAGAAGUGAUAUUUCCCUUAUUUACUAGAUCUAUUAUUUAAAGGUUAUGUACCAACUAUCUAAAAUGACCUGUAUCCCCUUAAAUUCAAGAUUUUGAACUAUGUAUGCCUCUUUCUCAGAAAGAAAUGGAACUUGCAAAACAAUUUUGCAAGCUAUAAUGAUAGUGCAGCAGAACCUGUUAAGGAUGCUUGAGAGUUAAGGUAGUAACAAGAAGUGUGGAAAGCCAGAUGAGCCAAACAUAUGUUGCGGGAAGGGACAAAAGGCCCAAGAGACGUUGUAAACCAUAGGGAACCAGGAGUAAGACCGCACCGAGAGAACAUACGGGGUGAAACAACUUCAUCUGAGGGCUGAGAGCAUUUUGUGGUCAAAUAUGAGUAAUAACAAGUACAUGUAUCCUAAAGUCUGUAGGCAUAGUGAACUUGAUUACAUUAUAAUGUUGGCCUACAUGCAUAAAUGUAGCCCACUUUUCCUUCCCGGCACUAGGGCUGCUGAAUCAAGUGCACCUACCGCUAACGGCGCAAAACAAAUAAAAUAAAUAGGAACGCAAGGCUUUAUCAGAGUUUUUAAACUCAGGCUAUGCCUGCAGACUUCAGGAUACAUGUUUUACUGAUUGCUAUACAAUACCUAUCCAUGCUUGCCGGCAAUGGAGUGUCAGGAAAUGUAGAAACGGAAGAUCCAAGUUCAAGUGUAAUUAUCCAUCUGGUUAGCUUUAGGCUUUUGCACUCAACAUGGAAAUAUAAUUGUUGUAUUGAAGAAUUUAUUCAUGUAACACACCGGCAGUGUUAUAUUACGAUGAGCUAUAAUAUAAUCACUAGGCCUAUGCUUUGCAUGCAGACUGUUAAAGAAUGUGACGAUGAGUAACAAUGAAUGUUGUCAGAUCGAUAUAAGCAUUAAUUAAUUACCUAAAGAUUUGGAUGUAUCUCUGUGCACUUCCUGCAAAAGAAAGGUUGACACUAGACAACAUUUUGUUUUACUUUUUAUUAUAUAAUUAAAACCAAAAACAUAAUUGAACAUUAAAACAUAUAAUCUACUAG